AUGUACAACACACUCAAAGACAGCUACCAACUCUUCGAAGAAAUCGGCCGCGGCCGAUUCGGCACCAUCCUCCGCGCCUUCUGCCCCAUCUCCGCCGAGUCCGUCGCCGUCAAGAUCAUCGACAAAACCCUCCUCACCGACGACACCGACCGUGCAUGUGUUGAAAAAGAACCCAAGAUCAUGACCCUCUUGCCUCCCCACCCCAACAUUCUCAAACUCCACAACGUCAUCGAAACAGAGGACUCCAUGGCCUUGGUGCUCGAGCUCUGCGAACCCGAAACGCUCCACGACCGGAUCGCCAACCAGCCGUUGCCGGAGCCGGAAGCUGCCAGUCUUAUCAAACAGCUAUUGGGAGCUGUUGAUCACUGCCACAGAGUUGGUGUGGUUCACAGGGACCUGAAGCCGGAGAAUGUUCUGUUUGAUUCAAGAAACAAUAUGAAGCUGGCGGAUUUUGGGUCGGCGGAGAGGUGUUCCGGUGAGGGAUGGUCCAUGGAAGAUGUGGUGGGGACGCCGUACUAUGUGGCGCCGGAGGUGUUGAUGGGGAGGUUGUACAAUGAGAAGGUGGAUGUGUGGAGUGCAGGGGUGAUGUUGUAUAUAAUGUUGGGUGGGAAUCCUCCUUUUUACGGCGAAACGGCGACGGAAAUCUUUGAGGCGGUUUUGAGAGGGAAUCUGAGGUUCCCGCCGAAGGUUUUCAAGGGAGUUUCGCCGGCGGCGAAGGAUCUGCUGAGGAAGAUGAUGUGUAGAGAUGUUUCCAGGAGACUAUCUGCAGAGGAAGCACUUAGACACCCAUGGAUCUUGAGUGGUGGAGAAGCAAAUCCAAUGGUCUGA